AUGUCCCAAGAGACAGACUCUGUAGCUAUCUGCCUACGAAGCCAGGAAGUUGCAUUCAAAGCCAAAUCCUUGGCCAGGGAUAUUGCAAAGAGACCCUUCUUCUCUAAUUCAUGGCUUCCCCUUGCAUUACAGGGCAAAGUUCAGCUUUGGGUGGACCUGUUUCCAAAAUCCCUCGGGCCACCAGGGCCACCAUUCAACGUGACCCCACGAAGAGCAAAGAGGUUCUACUUGCGUUGCAUUGUCUGGAAUGCCCAAGACGUCAUCCUGGAUGACCUCAGCAUCACCGGCCAGAAAAUGAGCGACAUCUACGUGAAAGGGUGGCUGGUUGGUUAUGAGGAGAACAAGCAGAAGACGGAUGUGCAUUACAGGUCCCUGGGAGGUGAAGGCAACUUCAACUGGAGGUUCGUCUUCCCCUUUGAUUAUCUCCCUGCUGAGCAGGUCUGCUCCGUGGCGAAGAAGGAACAUUUCUGGAGCUUGGACAAGACCGAAAAUAAAGUCGCACCCCAGCUGGUCCUUCAAAUCUGGGACAAUGACAAAUUCUCCUUUGAUGAUUACCUGGGCUCCAUCCAGUUGGACCUCAACUGCAUGCCAAAGCCCAGCAAGACCGCCGAAAAAUGCCACUUGGACCUCCUGGCGAGCCGGGAGAGAGACGUCUCGCUGUUUGAGCAGAAGACAGUCAAGGGUUGGUGGCCUUGCCUGACCGAGCAGGAAGGCACGAAAGCCCUGGCGGGCAAGUUGGAGAUGACGCUGGAGAUCAUCAAUGAACAAGAGCAUGAAGAACGGCCAGCUGGGCUGGGCCGGGAUGAACCCAAUAUGAACCCCAAGCUAGAAGACCCAAAGCGCCCGGAGACCUCCUUCCUGUGGUUCACCUCGCCCUACAAGACCUUGAAGUACAUCUUGUGGAGAAGGUUCAAGUGGGUCUUUCUCAUCUUCCUCAUUGUCUUCGUUCUGUUGCUCUUCCUGGGGAUCUUCAUCUACGCCUUCCCGGUAAGAUCGCGGGGCUUUCGAACUUCAUCCCUUCUUCUCUCUUCCUUCCAUUUCUUCCUCCCUUUUCUCUCCUCUGGACUCUUUCUUUCAUCUUCUUCUCAAACCUGUCUUCUCCUGGGGCUUUGGGACUGGAGUCUUAGUGGACAACCAGCUACAUAUGAGCCAGCCAU